GCAGUGAAGCAGAUACGCUGGUGGCAAGGAUGACGAAGAGGAAGCAGGUCAAGAAGUUCGCCGCCGUGAAGCGGAUGAUCAAUCCCAAGGAUCCAAGACUACAAAAGACAGCACAGGAUGCAAAGAAGGCAGCGUUAAAGGGCAAAGAUGGCGUUGGCAGUAGCGGUGGCGGCGGCGGCAAGCAGCAGCCCAUACGACAUCUCCCAGCGCAGGCAUCAUCACUCUUUUUUGCGCAUAACACAGCCCUAGGACCUCCGUAUCGAGUCAUCGUAGAUACCAACUUCAUCAACUUUAGCCUGCAAAACAAGAUUGAGCUCGUGCAAGGCAUGAUGGACUGUCUCUACGCCGAGAGUAUUCCGUGCAUCACUAGCUGCGUCCUGGCCGAACUGGAAAAGCUCGGGCCCAAGUACCGCGUCGCUCUGCGCGUCGCGCGAGACCCGCGCUUCGAGCGGCUGCCCUGCUCGCAUAAAGGCACCUACGCGGAUGACUGCAUAAUCCAGCGCAUCGAAACGCACAAGUGCUACAUUGUUGCCACGUGCGAUCGCGAGCUCAGGAGGAGAGUGCGAAAAGUUCCGGGCAUUCCUCUCAUGUACAUUCAGCAGAGGCAAUACAGGAUCGAGCGCCUGCCUGACCAGGGCAUGCCCUCGUAGGGAUUCGCCCUCCGUCGCCAGAUCUUCAAGUUCACAUCUUGUCCGCAUUGCAUCAGCAGCCUCAGCAUCCCACUUGUAGUCUACUUUCGAACAAGCAUCUUCAGCGUUUCGCG